UUCGUAGGAGCAGCUUCUGAUCUUCUUGUUUAACUCCAGAGAAAUGGAGAUUGAAGUAAAGCUGAUCUCAAGAGAACUAAUCAAACCAUCGUCUCCUACACCUAACCACCUUCGCCAUCUCCAACUUUCCUUUCUUGAUCAAAUCCAAGUCCCAGUUGCUAUGCCUUUUGUCCUUUUCUACACUAAAAAUGAAACCACCAAGAACAACUUAGCAAGAUGCAACCAAGCAAAGAAAUCCUUAUCGGAGGCUUUAACCAUUUUCUACCCUCUCGCCGGACGUGUUAAGGGCAACUCCUAUAUUGAUUGCAACGAUGAAGGUGCCCUCUUCGUGGAAGCACAAGCAAAUUGCCAACUCUCAGAAAUUCUUCAAAACCGUAAUCCAAGCGACAACAACAAGUUCCUUCCUCUUCAACCUGAUGAAGCCAAAGAUUUAGCUGCUUUUUUCCAGAUUACUUUCUUCAGGUGUGGUGGAUUAGCCAUUUCAUUCUCUAUGUCACAUAAGCUUGGUGAUGCCUUAUCACAAUUUAUAUUCCUCAACAGCUGGGCUGCUAUUGCUCGUGGAAUAACUGAUAUAAAGAUCCCUCCCUUUGGCUCUGCCACUCUUUUUCCACCCAAGAACGUAUCAGGGUUUGAGCCCAGGAUGGCGAUUAUGAAGGAUAAUAUUGUCACAAAGAGGUUUGUGUUCGAUCUUACGACCCUAGCAGCUCUCAGGGCUAAAUAUACUGAAAACGGCAUCAGCCCUUCACGGGUGGAGGCCUUGGCCAAUUUCAUAUGGAGCCGGUUCAUGGCAGCCACUCAUACAAAAGAAAAGGAUAAUAAACUCCAUAUGAUGCUUCAUGCGGUGAAUCUGCGGCCAAGAAUGGAACCUCCCCUCUCAGAACUGCACUUUGGGAACAUUUGCAGGAUAGCAAUAGCAGAGGCUGAUAUGGAAGCUAAAGACGAUGAGUGUUAUGGAAUUGUGAGGCGGAUAAGAGAAGCCAUAAGAAACGUGAACGUGGAGUAUGUGAAGAAGCUCAAGGCAAGCGAUGGGCACUUGAAUUUCUUGAAGGAGAGGUCAAAGAGUGUGGCUAAAGGCGAGGUGGUUUCUUUUAGCUUCACAAGUUUGUGCAAAUUUCCUGUAUAUGAAGCUGAUUUUGGAUGGGGAAAGCCUGUUUGGGUAGCCUCAGCUCGCUUGAUUUUCAAGAAUCUAGUUAUUUUCCUAGACAAUAAAGAAGGGCAAGGCAUAGAGGCCUGGAUUAACUUGAAGGAAGCAGACAUGGCUAAGUUUGAGAUUGACAAAGAACUUCUUGCACAUGUUUCCUCAACUCCAAAAGAGAAUAGUGAGUUUAUGUUUCCGGCCCUGGAAUUGGAUGCUCGGUCACGAUUAUGAACCAAAUCUGAAUAUAUAUAUUUUUUAAUAUAUAUAUGCGUCAAGUAUAUAUAUAUAUAUAUAUAUAUAUAUAUAUAUAUAUAUAUAUAUUUCUUUUUCUUUUAAUAAGUUCUUAAUUUCUUGGAAGUUUGAACUGUGUGUAUUGUAAUACAAUACAGGAAGACCUUGAGUGAAGUUCAAAAUAAUACAUAUUGUAUCCUUAAUUUUGACAUAAUUAAAUAAUUAAAUUAUUUGUCGUUUUUUUUU